AUGGAUAUGACCGUUACCAACCACGUUAGGCCGGUGGAAGGACCGCCUUCAAUAGAGCCUACGCACGUCGAAGAGCAAGUUCCCAAGGUCGAGAGCGACAUGGCUAUCUCAGAAUCACCAGCAAUUAGAACACCUGACCACGAUUCGGUCAAAGGUACUCCGGUCGACAGCUACCCAGCUGAAGACGACGAUAUCAACAACGAGGAGCUCACGCCGCCACCUGAUUCACCAAUCGAUGAAACCAUGAGCCAAUCGUCAAGUCCCAUUGUCAAUGCUCUCGAGGACGAGAUCGUUGUCGGCACAAAGUCAAACAAUAGCAACUCUCACAACAACCUUAAGUCAUCGCCCCUCCGCGUUACGUCUGACCAGGAAGACAUCGAUAUGGACGACGGCGAAACUCACUUGACUGUCGCGCAGUACCCGAAGCGCAAGCGCACCUCUCUUUACCAAGAUCUCGCCGAAGAUGACGAGCCCGAGGCCUCUGAGGCGCGCAUCGACCAGGAUAUACGUCCUCGCCCUCCUCGCCCGAUUAAGACGCACGGCACGGGUGGAGUUAAGGGAGUCAUACUGGGCCACUGGAGAGAUUCAGAACCCCUCGAGCCCAUCAACAAGCAUGCCGUAAUUGGAUUCAUUGACGUUCGUGAUCGCCUGCGCACUCGUAUCCAGCCCCACACUCGAGACGGCCGGAGCCUCGCCGAGGACUUCCCUCUGCCGCCUGGCCCCGGCGGCAGCUGGGUCACUUUUGAAAAGGUCGCUUUCGACUUGCACCUGGUCAACCUGAACCAUCACAUGAUCAAGGAAUACGUCAAGAUCCGUGCAGACACAAGUCGCAAGGAUGAGACUUUGGAGGAGAAAGAGCGCCUCAACGCCGAGGCUCUUGCCGAGGCGCGUCGCCGUCUUGAGCUGAACCCGCCCCCAGAGUCUGGAGUCCAGCCCGCCAUCGCCUACGGCAUAGAUAUCCCUGCCCAGGCCUAUUUCCCGAACCGGCCAGAGACCAAGAAGCGCCGCAUGAUGGGCUCGUUUGGCGGCCAGGCGACGGACUCGCCUUCUGCAGCGCCUAGCCCCGUUGCUUCUCGAACCGCGAGAAUCCUUCUAGGGUACUGGAAGAAGUCAGACCAGGAGGAGGAGGCGGACAAGCAUGCGGUGUACGGAAUUCUGGGUCAAAAUGACAUGUUCCGAGUUAAGCUCGUUAGAGAGACGCGUGACGGACGGCCCAUGAUUGGCAACUUCCCGCAAGGCGCAGGCGCACUCUGGAUCAACUGGGACGAUGUCCGGUUUGAAGAGCACCUUCAAGGCCUUCCCCGGCCCGAGAUCAAGGAGUACUGCCGGAUUCGCCAGCGCCAGAUUGACGAAGGCGAGAGCGUUGAUACCCGAAAGCUAAACGAGGCCCUUGCUGUCACCGAGGCCCUCAAUGUCGUGCGAAAUGCCUCGACAAAUACCUACGUCUCCAAGAAGGAAGAGCGCGGCAGCAUCCCACCUGCUCUCGCCAUGAAGGGUUCCCCUUUGGUCAACGGCGACAACGGGUACGACGAUGGCCCCGACGUCGUUGGCCGCUCCAUGUCCUCUCUGGGCCGCAAUGGAGACGCAAACGGCUCCCUUUCUGAUUACCGCCAGUCACGACGCUCGGAUACGGGCAUGCGCGGGCGUCACUCUCUGCCGGACGUCGAGCUGCGCCCAGCGAACCGCAACCCGCCUGCCGCCUCGUCUAGCUCGGCUGCCGCCCUGGAGCGCACUCACACGAUUGCCCGCCGCGAGGUUACGCGUCUGGAGGCGGUGCAGAUGCGCGCCGACCAGCACGCGGCUAGCCGCGAGGUAAGCGGGCCCUCUUCCUCAUACUCCUCCCACCAACACCAAAACCACAACCAAUACCACCACGCGUCGUCGUCGAACCGGUCCCAAUUCGACGAGUCGGUGCAGCGGUUGAACAAGGUCUGGGCCGCACAGGAAGCUAACCGGCUCAAGGGGGGCGGAGACGACGCCAAGAUGUACAUGGGCGUCAAGUACGAGCGCAAGCAGAACGGCCCCUUUGAGGGCAAGCUCGUCAGCCAGGGCUCUAUCAUCAGCAUCGACGGGGAGGACUACGUCGAGUACCGCGUCCUCACUAAGCCGACCUUUUUCUAA